CGGCCAUAAACAUCCGUCGCCCCCGGUGCGCUCUCCUUUUCUCUGCGCUGCCCCCCGUUCCUUUCUCCUCCAGCAAGUAAACCCCCGUCUCCAUAGCACCGCACCGCCGCCAUGCCGACCGUUAGCGUGAAAUGGCAGAAGGAGGUCUUUCCAGGCAUAGAGAUUGACACUAGCCAGCCGCCGAUUGUUUUCAAGAGUCAGCUAUACACACUAACGGGUGUACCACCUGAACGCCAAAAAAUUAUGGUGAAGGGUGGAAUAUUGAAGGAUGAUGCAGAUUGGUCUACUUUGGGAGUGAAAGAUGGUCAAAAAUUGAUGAUGAUAGGAACAGCUGAUGAAAUUGUGAAAGCUCCAGAGAAAGGUCCAGUAUUUGUUGAGGAUCUACCAGAAGAAGAGCAAGUGGUCGCACUGGGGCACAGUGCUGGUCUUUAUAACCUUGGGAAUACAUGCUACAUGAAUUCCACAUUGCAAUGUCUGCAUUCUGUUCCAGAGCUGAAGUCAGCGCUGCUAAGCUAUUCAGAUACUGGAAGAGGUAAUGGCAUUGACCAAGCCUCUCAUAAUUUGACUCUUGCAACUCGUAAUACCUUUGGUGAGCUUGAUCAAAGUGUUCGUCCUGUUGCACCUCUACAAUUCUUGCAGACGUUGCGUAAAAAAUUUCCACAAUUUGCCCAGCAGCACAAUAAUGUCUACAUGCAACAGGAUGCAGAAGAAUGCUGGACACAGCUGGUGUAUACACUUUCUCAAACUCUUACAUCAGAUGCAAGUGAAUCUGCAGCUCUUUCAAUGAAGCAACUAUUUGGGAUAGAUCUCGUGAGCAGGGUCCACUGUGUAGAAAGUGGUGAGGAGAGCACGGAGACGGAAUCAGUUUAUUCCCUGAAGUGUCAUAUAUCUCAAGAUGUGAACCACCUUCAUGAGGGACUUAAGCAUGGCUUGAAGACAGAACUUGAGAAAGUUUCACCUGCACUGGGUCGCACUGCAAUUUAUACUAGAGAGUCGAGAAUAAAUGAGCUGCCCAGGUACUUGACUGUGCAGUUCGUACGUUUCUUUUGGAAAAGGGAAUCAAACCAAAAGGCAAAGAUUUUACGCAAAGUUGAUUACCCUCUGGAACUGGAUGUUUAUGAUUUUUGCUCAGAUGAACUGAAGCAGAAACUCCAAGCUCCUCGACAGAUGCUGAGAGAUGCAGAAAAUGCAAAGUUUGGAUUGAAAACAGAGGCGAAAGCUAGCAGCUCAAAAGAAAAUGAGGGGUCAUCAAGUACCGCUGGGGACUCAUCCAACAUGGACAUUGACAAAGCUGAUCCUUCUGUACCAAAGAAACAAUUGACUGGUGUCUACGAUUUAGUUGCUGUAUUGACACACAAGGGAAGAAGUGCAGACUCUGGCCACUAUGUUGGCUGGGUUAAACAAGAUAACGGAAAGUGGAUCGAGUUUGAUGACGACAACCCAAACAUUCGCAAGGAGGAAGAUAUUUUGAAACUAUCUGGAGGAGGUGACUGGCACAUGGCUUAUAUCUGCCUGUACAAAGCUCGUGUGGCUGAAUCGAAGAGCUAGAGGUCUCUUGGCUACACUGGAUCGACACCUCUCAUGCAGCGAAUGACUUAGCUUGUUUUUGGGCCGCAUGAGUGAUGUGUCAAUUAUUUUUCCAGUUGGAUAAGUGGCUACUCUGGAAUUAUCUUCAAUCUCUGUGGCCUGCGUUCACCUGGAUAUGUAUUUUUAGAAAGUCAAGACGGGUACAUUACGCGUUACUUUUCAAAAUAUAGAACAAAAAGAUUUGGCGCAAAGUUUUAGCAUUUGUGGAUCUGAUUGAUUUGGACCAAAGAUAUGUGGUUCAUCCGUCUUUUCCA